GGGUUUGGUUAGUGGGAGGAGCCUGAUGGCAGAGGAGUUGUCCAGUGAGGUGAAAGCUUCCCCCUCACUUUCCCUGCUGGUUAUUUCUUCCUGCAGCUGACUGAUCGCAUCAGUGUGAGACAGAACAGGUUCUAGUAGGUCUAACAAUGUCCUCCAAUAGUGCCUUGGAGGUGUAUAAGGAGAUGCUGCUGCUGUACCUGGAGGAAGGCCGGAGGCAGAUUAACUCGCACUGCUCCCACCUGGAGCCGUGGCAAAUCAUCGGAGCAUCUGUCCUCACCACGCUGGGACUUCUCUGGCUCAAAGGAUUCCUCUUCCAACAAGAAAGUCUCACAUCCCGAAUUAAGAAGCAGUGCUUUCGACUCAUCAGGAAAAUACCCUUUGUUGGCGACAGUAUUCAGAGGCAGCUGAACAAGGCUCUGGAUGACAUGUCUCAAAGUCUGUGCACUCUGAAGGAAGGGAUGAGCUACACUACAAAGCUGCCCCCUAAAGGUCUAAGUCAGAGCCAAGUAAUGGAGAAAAUCAAAGAGUAUGAAACCCUCAAUGAGGUGCAGUGGGAGAAAGGCUGCGUCUCUGGUGCAGUGUACUGGGGUGAUGAGACGCUGACCAAACUCCUAGUGAAGGUGUACGGAGACUUUGCAUGGAGCAACCCCCUUCACCCGGACAUCUUUCCUGGCGUCAGGAAGAUGGAGGCUGAGGUUGUCCGGAUGUCUUGCACCCUGUUCCGUGGAGGACCGAACUCCUGUGGAACGGUCACUUCAGGUGGAACUGAGAGCAUUCUGAUGGCCUGCAAAGCAUACAGAGACAUGGCACACGAGCGCGGUGUGAAGUACCCUGAAAUUCUGGCGCCGGUGAGCGUCCAUGCAGCUUUCGACAAAGCGGCCCAUUACUUUGGGAUGAAGCUUGUCCACAUUCCUCUCGACCAGAAAACCAUGAAAGUGGACGUGAAGGCAAUGAAGAGAGCCAUCAGCAGAAACACAGCCAUGUUGGUCUGCUCGGCGCCCCAGUUUCCCCACGGAAUCAUGGAUCCCGUUGAAGAAGUAGCCAAGCUGGCUGUCCGCUACAACAUCCCGCUGCAUGUGGAUGCCUGCCUGGGUGGAUUUCUCAUUGUUUUCAUGGAAAAGGCUGGUUACUCACUCGCCCCAUUUGACUUCAGAGUGAAAGGCGUAACCAGCAUCUCUGCAGACACCCACAAGUAUGGCUACGCCCCCAAAGGCUCCUCAGUGAUUCUCUACAGCGAUAAAAAGUACCGUCAGUACCAGUACUUUGUGGCUCCAGACUGGCAGGGGGGGAUCUACGCCUCCCCCUCUGUAGCGGGCUCCAGGCCAGGAGGAAUCAUCGCCGCCUGCUGGGCGACCAUGAUGUACAUGGGGGAGAGCGGAUACGUGGACGCCACGAGGAAGAUCAUCAGCACGGCUCGCAAGAUCAGAAAUGAGAUCAAGAAAAUUAAAGGAGUGUUUGUGUUCGGGAACCCGGAGGUGUCCGUGGUGGCCAUCGGCUCCGACGUGUUUGACAUUUUCCGCCUUUCAAAUGCGCUGACGUCAAAGGGCUGGAACCUGAACACACUGCAGUACCCGUCCAGCAUCCACAUUUGUUGCACGGUGCUGCACACCCAGCCUGGGGUGGCUGAUCGGUUUAUUCGUGAAGUCAAAGAACAGGUUGCCAUCAUCAUGAAGAACCCCAAAGAGAAAACCACAGGAAUGGGAGCCAUCUACGGCAUGGCCCAGUCCAUCCCGGACAGGUCCAUGGUGACGGAGAUCUCCCGGGGUUUCUUGGACUGUCUCUACAGCACCGAGGUACCGAAAUCCGACGUCUGCCACAUGAACGGCAACGGCAAAGCCCACUAAAGUUUAAGGAGAAAGGACUGGACGGCACAAACACCCUCCAACUUAAAGCGCUCAACGGUUGCCUUAUCCUGCAUAUUAAACUGCACUGAAAACAUCUGCAGAGCUUUCAGAAGAACAAGCCAUCAUCGUCUAGAUCAACCCAGAGGGAAACUGCUCCCUGUAGUCGCUGGGGAGGAACUGACUGGGUCCACCGGAACCUGAGACUUGAUUUUAACGCCAUGGGACUGUGUGUGUUUGUGUUUCUCUAUGUGAGUUUCUUAUUCUUUCAUUUCAUCGAUAGAUUUUCAUUACUUAGACCCACCGUGUUCUCUAACUGGUGCAUCUCAAUCAAUUAAGAUUAAGGCAUUGAAAAGUUAAGUUGUUUGAUAAGUGAGAUUCGUUUAGAUUCAUGACUCAUAACAUUAGUAAAGCAUUUAUUUCUAUUGGUUUGAUAAUUAUAGCUUGAAUUAAACCUAAAAAUCUGUCUUCUCUUUUAGAAAAUCCCAUUUUGGAAAUGACUCUUUUCUUUCUUUAUGUUCACUGCAUGGAGGGAUACUUUCAGACUUGGGACUAUCCUUGCCACUUCAUCUUUUUCUAGCAGAGUUUUUCCUUCCACUUAACCUUCCAUAAACAGCUUUCUGUGAAGAGCCAUAUGUGUCCUAAAUCUUUUAAGUUUCACUUUUUCUCUCUGUAACAAUCAAAAUUACUGAACU